AAAUAGGUUUUUGGGGGUUUAUUUAAUAAUUUUAUGAAUAAAAUGAGUUUGAAAGAAGAUAAUAGCAAUUUUGGAAUAAUUAAGAUGAGUUUUAAGGAUAUUUCAGUAGAUGAGUCUGGUAUUGAUGCUUCUGAUUUUUUAUUAGCAUCAAAAUCAUUUGUUGAUGUCUUUGAUCUUUUCGAUUCAAAGAUAUUUUCAGUUAUUAGAAAUGAUAUUAAUGGAAAUUUGAAGAAGAUUAGAUGUUAUUUACAGAAAUAUCCAUCACAUGGUAAAACUCUUGAAUCUUUAGUAAGAAAUGAAGCUUUACAAAAGAAACGUGUUGCUACUGAGGGACUUUUAUGGUUAUUAAGAGGUUUUGUCUUUAUGUCUCAUGCUUUACAUCGAAAUAUGGAAAAUGAGAAUGAGGAAUUAUCUGUCAGUUUUACAAAAGCAUAUGAAAUAACUCUUAAACGACAUCAUUCUAUUUUUAUACGACCUAUUUUUACUAUGGCAAUGAAAUACUGUCCCUCUAGAAACGACUUCUACUCAAAACUCUCUAAUGAUAAAAUAAAACUACGUGCUUUCUUAUGUGAAUGGCUCUCUGGUUUGGAUAAAAUAAUACUUUCUUUACAAAAUUUUUAUGAAAAUGGGCAAUACGCUAAAGGUCUUUAAAAAAAAAUAGCUGCAAGCCCUUUCUUCAACAAUACAUAUAUACUAC